AUGCCGGACAGAGAAGAAACAGACCACGACAAACAAACUCCACCGCCGGUUCGGGGACGAGGGCAAAGCGAAUGCUAUAUAACACCCAGACAAGAAGAAGGAUCCCAAUUCCACGUGGAAGUCUACCAGGCUGAUCCCGCCCAUCUCGCUCGGACAAAGGAAAAAAGGUUUAUGCCACCGGCUCAGGCGAAACUGCCCUUGGGCUUAGGUACCCACUCGGAGGAACAACAGAUGGCUCGUUUCUGGUUGCAAACGGUUUCGGCAAGCGCGUUUGAUGCCGUGUGCCUGUUCAUUCUCCGAGUCGACGUCGGCGCAACAACGGGAUCGCGUGAGAAGAUUCUCGCAGGAGGCUGCAGGGGGAGCGAUGCUGUGAUUGUGGCACAUUGGCAUUCCGGGGCCAGCAGCAUCAGCACCAGCGGAAGGACGUGGACAGCGACACUCAGACAAGACUGGUGCAAAGGCAAAAAUGCAAAAGAGGCCAUGCAACACAACGUUUCGCGCGCUUGUCCGAGGGCCGUGCUCCUGAGCGAGAGUGGAUAUCGAGUGGAGAAAGUGGCCUCCGAGGCUCCACCCAGUGACUCGGUUGAUGCAGUUGAUGCAAGGCGAACCAACAACGGGGCAUCUGUCAGCUUGCUCCUUGUUGAUCAAGUGAAUCGUCUGCGCACUCGACAGGGAACUCCCUGGCUGUCACAUCCGCUUGUGGUUUAG